UCGACGGCGGCAGCGGCGAGCAGGCCCUGCCGUAGCCAAGGACCGGCGGCCGGCGCAUGCGCGCUGGAUUUGAACCGGGCGGCGGUUUGAUCGUGGGAGCCGGGGGCGAAACUUCAGCGGACGCGCGGCUGGUUUAGCAGGAUAUGUUCCUACUGCAGUAAUGUCCUCAAAUAAAUUUGUACUUAAGUGUGGGAACUUUGCAGUUCUGGUGGAUCCUCAUAUUUUGCCUCAAGGAACAAAUAAAGACACCAGCUGGUUUACUGAACACCACAAGGAGGAGAUAAGUGCACUUUUAAAGGAAAAUAUUGAUUUAAGGAUCAAGCAAUAUCUUGAAGCAAGAAAACGUGGAAAUACACAAACUAAACCAAAGAAAGAACUCACACCCAAUAGUCCGGUUUACAUCAAAGGUCAAAAUUUCCGUAUUGCAGCUUAUUUCAUGAAGAGGCAUGCAAACUUAAGAUGUGUCACAGAACAGAAGUUAUGUGGACUUACCAUGUUACCUGAUCGUUUUGUAGUAUGUUUGACACCCUGUGAAGCUGGUCCAAAGAAGAGAAUGGCUGAGGAACAAAUGAUUAUUACCAAACAUGGAGCUUCGGAAUAUUUUACCGGUGAAUCAGAAAUGAAAGAGCCUUGCAAUGUCUCUGCCUCAGUUCAGAAGAAGAAAGAAGCUUUGAAGCAAAUUGUUAAAAAAAGUUGCUGCACAAAGAUGGAAAACUGUAACAAAGCUGACUCUGGUGAUUUCUUAAUAAAAGCUCAACCUGGUGUAACAGAAGAUGAACAGAAUGUAGCUCAACCUUUUGCAGGUUUCAACCAUGAGAUUCAGGAUAUAAAUACUGGUAGAGGAGAAGAUUGUAUGAACUCAGUUCAAAGCAAGUUAUUACUUCCUGCAAUAAAACUGGAAAAAUACAUUAACGAGAGGCAGCCAGCUCAACAAAACUGCCAACAACAACCUCAAUCUAUUGAACAGCUGAAGGCAGGUUUGAAAAACAUUGCGGACAACAGUGAGUCAGCACUGCAGGGUCUCAACCAAAAUGAAGCAAAUGAAAAAGUACUUACUAAACGCAGGAGAGUCUUCUCUCAAAAUGGAGCUAAUACUGCUGUGAAGAUCAUUUCUGGAGAGAGGCCUGCAACUUCAAUUGAAGUUACAAUGGAGAUGAAGUCUCCUGAGUCCUUAAGAAAGCCAAUGAAGAAAAAGACACAAGUAAAACAUAAUUCCCAUUCUGAAAGGUCAGUCAAAGGUAAACCAGACAGCCUUGUCCACACCAGCAGAGAUGCAGGUGGAUACUUGUUUUCCACAGGGAAUUCUCCCCAAGACUUCUGCCAUGUAAAUAAGCAUAAAAAGAAAAGAUUAACAGUAUGGACUAAUUCGACAAUAAAGUCAGAGGUGGCACCUUCAAGUCCUUCUGGUUUUAAGUCUCAGAAUUCUGACACAAUAUUGAUAAAGGACGAAUCAGAGAAAGAAAAUAUGCCAAGAAAAUCAAGAAUUCAAAGACUGAGGAGGGUUAGAAUUUCCAAGAAUGACAAUAUUUCUGUGUGAUAGUUUCUAGUGUUUGGCAGUGUUCACAUGCUACAGACACAAUUGAAGUUGUGCACCUAUGUUAUUUUGUAAAAGCACAUUAUUCUGAGGUUUGACGUGUAAUCUAAUAAUAAACUCGUGUGGAUAAGUUACUCAUCUUAAUUUAGUCCAAUCAUCUUUUGAAAGUCUUGAUUAGUGAAAGGAGGUCAUUAUUGGCAUCCAGAGCACUGUCAAAUUUGAUUCUAGUCCUAUUAAUAUUAGAUUACAAAAGAUUGGCUUCAGUGUAUGUAUUAUAAUAUUUUUAAAUUUUAAGAUUUAUUCUUUGCUAUAUUAUUUAGCAUAUAAUUGCCAUUUCAAGAUUGUUCCAACUCGUAUUUCACAAUAAAAGUUUGAUUA